AUGCCAGACAAUCGAGAAAUAGCACUCCAUGGGCUCAAUUACCUGAAGGGUCGAUUAAAGCGGAAUACACAAUUAACGGAGGCCUACUUUAACGCCAUGAAACGCAAUCUAGAGUUGGGAUAUAUCGAACGCGCAAUUGGAGAAGUCGAAAAGGAGCAACCAUUGUGGUACCUUCCGUACCACCCUGUCAUAAACCCCAAGAAACCUCAGAAGAUCCGGGUUGUCUUCGAUUGUGCUGCCAAGUGUGCCGGGAUUGCCCUAAAUGACCGUCUACUACAAGGCCCAGAUUUGACGACUCCGCUGAUUGAGGUGCUGUGCAGAUUUCGUCUGGAGUCAGUUGCGGUAGCGGCUGAUAUCGAGGAGAUGUUCACGCAGGUUAAAGUCACCGAAGGGCAAAGGGAUGCGCUACCGUUGUGGUGGUGGCCGGAUGGAGACCUAGACGGACCUGUCCAGGAAUAUCGGAUGACGGUGCACCCGUUUGGCGCGAUAUCUUCUCCCUUCUGUGCAAACUUCGCGUUAAAAACGACCGUGAACAAAUUUACUCAGCGUUUCGAAACCCCCGUGGGCUCCUGUGUUGAACACAAUUUUUAUGUGGACGACUUCCUUGGAUCCUUUGAUAGCAUCGAGGAAGCAGUUCGAUACAUUAGGAAUUUAUCCAAGCUACUGCCCAUGGGAAGGUUCAAGUUGACCAGGUGGAUGUCUAACAAUCGUCAUGUAAUCAAUGAUGAGCGGGCACCGAGUCUCCGUGAACUGCAUGAGAGUCCGUUACCAACAGACAGAGCACUUGGUAUGUAA